GGGGUGGAGACUAGAAUGCAUUGAAAAUGAAAGUAAAAUUCUUCAAGAAAACAACAUUUAAGAGCAAGGGGACUGGGAAUAUAAUCUGUCUAACACAAGAAUACAUGAUCAUUUUGAUUGACAGAUGGACUGGUCAAGCCCGGCAGCAGUAAUUGUUAACAACAGUCUGGAGAACUGGAAAGUGAUUGGUGCAGGAGGGUUUGGACAAGUCCACAAAGCCAGACAUGUGGUUUGGGGAUUGGAUGUGGCCAUCAAGUUGCUACAAUGUGAUGAUGGCUCUAGCACUUCCCUGUAUAAUGAGGCAGAAAUGCUGCGCAAGAGUACAAGCCCCCAUGUGAUAAAGAUUCUUGGAGUGUACAAGGAUUGUCCCCCCAAUUGCGGCCAUUCCAUCCAGCUGGGUCUUGUGAUGGAGUUCAUGGAGAGGGGGACACUGGAAUCCCUCCUGGACACCCUCUCUCUCCAUCAACAUUGGCCCCACCCCCUUGCCUGUCGCUUGGCCCACCAGAUCACUCUGGGGAUGAACUUCCUCCAUUGCCUCAUCCCACCCCUUCUGCAUCAAGACCUGAAGCCCAAUAAUGUGUUGCUGGAUAACAACCUUAAUGCCAAGCUUGCAGAUUUUGGCCUGGCCAAGGUAUCCCACAGUGUUUCCAAGAUGAGCAAAGAGUUCCCUGGGAAGGCAGGGGGAACAUCUAGUUACAUGCCCCCUGAGGCUUUGGAAAAUGUGUCAUACAAACCCAUUCGUGCCUUUGACAUCUACAGCUAUGGUAUACUUCUGUGGUCCAUCAUCACUGGUCAGUCGAAUCCAUAUCCUGAUGUCCACGCCAGAGAGUUCAGCAGGUUCUGUUUUCUCAUCAAAGACAGAGGACAGAGGCCUUCCCUGGAGGCAGUGGACAAAGAGCAGGUCGAGGGGCUAGGGGACCUGGUGGAUCUCAUGAAGAAGUGCUGGGACCAUGAGCCCUCUAAGAGACCCACCUUCAAGGAAUGCUUCCCUGUGACAGGAAGUCUGUUUGAGAAGCACAAGAAGGAGAUACAGAAUGUCGUCAAUCAAGUGCUGCUAAAACUGGAUGUGGCUGAUGGCUUGUCCUCAAAACCAAUCGACGAAGGUGCCCAAUUUGUGGAUGAUAACAUGGAACAACUUGUUCAAAGGAUUUCCCUAGUGAUGCCAAUAGCAGAUGGCCUGUACCAGAAGAAAAUGAUCCAUUAUGAGGAUUACAUUGAAAUCACUGCGGCCCAAACCAGUAUGGCAAAGAUGAGAAAGCUAUAUGUGGCCCUGCAACCAGGAGGAUCGGUAGCUAAAUCAGCCUUUUACCAAAUUCUACUGAAUCAACAAUCUCUUCUAGUCAAAGAACUGGGUGGGGUUGUCCAGAAAUGAAGUCAUAACUUGAGUGGCUUCUACAGUCUUGGUCUGGACUCACUUUUUUUCAAAUCUCACAAUUACCUCAGAAAUAUUGGUCCUUUCACACCAAUUGUCAAACAACAAUUUGUAACAAAAUAAAUACAGGAAAAAUA